UUGGGAGUUUUUUUUUUUUUUUUUGGAGUUUGAGGAUUUUUUUUCAAAAGGACACAGGAAAGACCUUCACUGGGAAUGUUGGAAUGCCUUUUCCGGUUCCUGGUUUCCUGGGACAUGUUUGAGUUCCGCCGAGCUCCCCCGCACCGUGUGUGAACCCCCUCUCUCCGCGCUGCGUGGAUGUGGUGACCCCCAAACCUACAGGCAACUCAGGAGCCUGAAGAGUGCACUAGUGGCCCCUUUUCCCGGCCCCACCUCCCUCUCCUGAUUGGCCGGGCCCUGGAAGAUGAGUGCUGGCCCCACCCAGGAUGUGGCUAUCGAGCGAUUCCUGCAGGACAUCGAAGAGAGGGGCGGGCGUGCACACGGGGGGCUGAGCAGCGGGGUGGAGAGGAAGAGGCGUGGGGAGAUGAACUUGCUCUACCGCAAGACAAGGCUGGACUGGAGGAACCGUGAGCCGGACAGCACUGAGCACAAGAAGAGCUCCAGUAAGGAUGCUUCCUCGGCGACGGUGGGGAAGAUUCGGGACCUGGCCUCGUUCCGGAGACACUUCCGGAUGGGCUUCCUGACGAUGCCGGCGUCCCAGGAGCACGCGUCCCUGCCCUGCGCCGGCAGCCUGGCCCCGCGCUCGCUGUCCUGCCACUCGGUGGGCAGUGGGGCGGAGAGCGCCCCUCCGAGUGCCAGGAGACCCCCGGCCAAGCCCAAGCGCCACCCCAGCACCCGGCUCAGCACGGCCAGCGACCCGCGGUGUGGCGAGGAGGGGGGCGGGGAGAAGAAGCCCGCUCUGAAAAAGUCUGAUUCCGGGGAGCAGCAGGGGAGGAAGGCACCCCCAGCGAAGCCCAAGCGGAGCCCCAACACCCAACUCACGGUGUCCUUCGAUGACACAGGGCACCCCAACACCCACCCUGGAGGAGGCAGAACCCCCCACCCUCGCCACACCCCCACAGAGCCCUCACAGCACACCCAAACCCCGACCCCAGCCCAGCCCAGCCAAGACGAGCCUGUCUACAUAGAGAUGGUGGGGGAUGUCUACAGGGAGCCCCAAAACCCCGCUGGGACCCCUGAUUCGGACUCGGACCAGAGCGAGGCCAUAUACGAGGAAAUGAAGUACCCCCUUUCGGAGGACGCCUCGGGGAUCCCCAAAACUAGAGACUGUAAGAAUUCCACCAAUCCCUCACUGGUCCCCCCGCCACCUCACCUCCAAAACUCCGCAAAGGGGGGCAAGCCGAAAUGGGACGGGACCCCGAACCCAGCUGUCUCCCCCUCUCCCCAGCCGGCUCGGACAGCUACUCCCUUUUCCUUCUCCAAGAACUGCGAUAUCCCGCCCCCUUUCCCCAACCUCCUGCAGCACAGGCACCCCCUGCUGGCCUUCCCCCAGCCGGCGGCUUCGUCCAGCGGGGUCAACGUGGCCCAGAAGGGGCUCAAGCUGGGGACGGUCAGCGUCCAGACUGGCCAGUCCAAACUCCCAGUCCUCCAGAACAGCAACCCGCCGUCUGCCAGUCAGGCUGCGGCCAGCGCGGAGCCCGCUCACACACAACGAGGAGGAGAGGGGGCUAAAGACCUCUUACUGCUGCCCUCAGGCAGGGCACGCAGCCACUCCACCCCCCUCCCCCCUCCCCCCAACCCCCAAAACCCUCAGAAGUCCGAGAAGGAGAUGCCCGGCUCCCACAGCAUGAAACUGGGCCAGUCCAUGCUGCCCGUCCCUCAGCAGCAACCCGCCGCGGGCAAAGACAAGGUCCCAAAGCCAGAUAAAACUGACUCCUUCCCCCCUCGCUCUGGCACCCCCUCGUCCCGGCACCUCUUUUCCCACCGCAGCUCCACCCCCCUGCCGGACCACUGCAUGGUGUGGACCUACCCCUCUGGGGGGCUACAGAGACCCCCUGCCUACGAGAGCCUGAGAGGGUCGUCUGGACCAGCUUUGUCCAAAAGCAGCUCCACUUUCCCGGCCUCCAAAGGGAGUCUCGGAGGUGCCCGUCAACAGCCCCCCUCUAGUCUCCCCGUCGCUCCCUUGGUGGGGGUGGGAGGUGACCCCAAGGGGGUUUCCAGCCCGGUCGAUGAAGGACUGCACUGGCCUUUGCAGGGGAGGACGUCUUGCAGCAGAAGCCACAAAGACGUGGACAAGCCGGCGGAGGACGCUAGAUCGUGGAACGGCAGCGGCGAUGCCCCCAAGGAGGAGAAAGGGCUCGGCCAAUCAGGGAUCCCCGUGCGGAGCCAGGCUGCGGAGGUGGGCUUAGUUAAGGGGGUACCCAGGUCCUCACUACCCCAACCCUGUCAGACAUUUCCUGCCUGCCAUCGAAAUGGAGAUUUCACUCGCCUGGGUCGCUCAGCUUCCACUUCCGGAGUGAGACACGCCUCCACCAACGUGCAGAGACAAUGCAGCCUCCCUCGAGAGGUCCUGGGACAGCUCCAGCAGAGAGAGGGACCAUCCCAGCCUCCUGCCUCCCAGCAGCCUUUCGAAGAUCCUGCAGCCCAGUCUCAGCUCACUGCCCCAGCCCCAGAUCCUGCCCUAGCCCAGCCCCAGCCCAGCCCAGCCCCAGCUCUGCCCCUGCCCCUGCCCCAGCCCCAGCGCGACGGCCAGCCCCAGCCCCAGCCCCAGCGUGAUGGAAAGCUGCUGGAGGUGAUCGAGAGGAAGCGAUGCCUCUGCAAGGAGAUCAAGGCUCAUCGGAGACCAGAGCGCAGCCUCUGCAAGCAGGACAGCAUGCCCAUCCUGCCCAGCUGGAGGAAGACCCCUGAGACACGCAAGAGCGGGACCCCGCCCUGCCGCCGGCAGCAGGCUGUGCUCGGGGCCUGCGUCGACACGACUAUGGGUGGGAUAGACUCUCCGGAGGGGUAUUCACUGAUCGUGGGGAUUGAGGGGGGUGGCUGGAGUGGAGAGUCAGCUGUGUGUCAGGUUUCGCUUCCCUCCUGCCAUAGCACUGUCAAUGAGGAGGAGCGAAGGGCACGUCGCGUAUACCAGGAUUAA